UUUCCGGAACCUUCUACAGAGCUGAGAAGCUUCAGACUCAGAUUAAGCGACGUAACAAACCGGGACCAAAUUAUAAUAAUAAAAUAAGUAUUGUGUGUUUUAGUGUUUUAGUAACUGAGCUACAGCCAUGGUGUGCAUACCCUGUAUUGUAAUCCCGGUCCUCCUGUGGGUUUACAAACGCUUCCUGGAGCCCAUCAUUUAUCCAUUCAUUUCUCCAUUCAUCAGCCGAUUCUGGACCAAGACUGCAGUUCAGGAGACGGGAACAGGAGGAGAGAAGGGAAGUACCAAAGCAGACAAUGACAGUUGCAAGGCCAAAUGCAAUGGAAGCUCGAACGUGUGUGCAGAUAAUGGAACAAUAUCAGCUUCAGACAAAAAGAAGGACUGAUGCUUCACAGAUCUUUAUGAAUCAUAUUUGUCAUACUGUAGAUUAUUUACAACCUAAAAUCAUGCUGUGAUUAAUUUUACGUUGUUAAUACGAUUCACAUGCUUCAUUUAAUUGUGUUCAUAAUUCUGUAUAUUUAUUAGCUGUAGUUUUGCAAAAGGUGUUUUAAUAUAUUCAUUUAAUAUUAUGAAUCAGUUCAUUUCUAAUUCUUCAUUCCCAGAUGACCUGCAAUGGUUACAGAUGAUUAUUAUUUUAUAUAUUUACAGAAUUACUCUGGAGGUAAUAUGUUAGAGGAUAAAUAAAUAUUUGAAUUGUAAAGCUU